CAAAAUAAAAAUAAAUAAAAUUUAGUAUGGCUAAUCGAAGCGGCCAAAAAUAUAAAUCAGACAAGAAAUCAAAGGACCACAAAAGAUCUAAGGAUCAAGAAGAAGGUAGUCCACUAAGAGACUUCAGAAAUGGCAGAUAUUAUGAAGAAGAGGAUGUUCAUUAUUACUCCAGACCUGGCUAUAGGACUUAUGUUACAGAAAUACAUAAAACACCAGGAAGAUACUAUGAUUUAUCUCCUCAGGCAAGGUAUGAUUAUCUUCGAGAUGCUGUCACCGCUGCUGAUACUGAGUAUAUCAGAGGAUCCCACUACUCACUUUAUGAUAAACAUAGACGUUACGAAGGAGAAUUAGGUCAAGUUCGCCCUUUAGAUGCUCAUAUUUAUUCAUCUCAUACUAGGAUUCCAGCAAGCUGUCCUGGAGGAAAUUAUUCUUGUAGUAGAUCUCCAGUUAGGCAUAUAGAGCCUGGUAGUCAUUUACUUAACUACAGAUCAGCCUUCGACCCUCUAUAUAGGGAUACAAGAGGGCUAGGGAGAUCAGUUGAUGAUUUCUAUUACAGACCAAUGCAUGCUGAGGACUUAUACCAGCGCACCUCAUUUAACUAUGGUCAUCGUAAAGGCUUCCCAGAAAAGGACGGAAUGCCUGACAGUGUAGAGAUCUCUCCUAACAGGUACUCCCCGACAAAGAACUCCCAAAUGUAUUAUCCAUCCAGAAGUGCAGCCCCAACUGCUAAACCAGACACCAGAGAACUAGAAGAAGCCAGAAGAAGAGCUGCAGAAGAAGAAGCCAAAAGAAGAGAGGAAGAACAGAAAAGAAAAUGGGCUGAAGAGGACGCUGAAAGAGAAGCCAAAAGGCGUCUUGAAGCUGAAGAAAAACUCUCCUGGGAAGAACAACAAAGAGCCUUGAGUGAAGCUGAACAAAGAGAAAGAGAUGAAUUCAACAGAAGAGAAUUAGAAAAGAGAGAUAGAGAAAGAGAACAAAGAGAAAGAGAAUAUCAAGAACAAAGAAGACAAGACCGAUUAGAAAGAGAGCAAAGGGAGAGAGAACUAGAGGAGAGAAGAAGAAAAACUGAGCAAAUGAUGAAGGAGAAGAUCCAAGAGGAUAUAGAGAAUUCUAAUAAGCACCAGAGGAUGAUGCCGCAGUCUUAUGAUCUACCGAAACCUGAUAGAAUUGACGCUGAACCUCCUAAAAAGAUUAGAGCAACUAAAAAGCCAAAGAAAAAGAAGAGGACAGUGAGGAGAAAGCCUGCACCACUACCAGUUUAUGAAUCUGAUGAGGAAAUAGAGGUUAAGCAAACUCAUAAGGUCCAGCAGGUUAUUCCUGUUAACCCUAGAUAUGAGCAAAUUGCAACAGCUUUAUUCAAAAAUCAACAGUAUGUACCACCAAAGGUUAGAAGAACAAGAGUUAGAUCUGCAAACCCAAAAAGAAGCCAUGCAUUAGACAAGGUUACUGAAGAGGAAUAUUUGAAAGUGCUUUACCCAGAAAUUGACUACUCUGCUGGUGAUAUUCAUUGCUAUAAAGAGCAUAGUAAAGAAUGGUUCCAUGAUUUUAUGAGAAGAGUCUUUGAAAAGAGCAAUCAAGUGAAAUAUGAUCUAUUCAUGAAAAGAUGUCUUAAAACCUCUCCUUAUAAUGACAAGGGAGGAGAAAGAUUCACAAUGCUUAAGGACCUCGUAAGAUACAGAUCCAAUAGUCCAAAGAAAAAUUACCAAAGAAAUACUAUUGCAUCCUUGGCAAAGGUAAUAUAAGUAUUUCCAUCAGUCUGUAC